UUCCUGUCGGCGCCGGAAGCAAAGCUGUGACAUCAGAGCGACGCGGAGGCCAGGAACCCUCUCUUACAGCCAUCUUGGAUUCUGUUCCCUGAACUAUCCAGAAUGCCAGGCGAAGCCACAGAAACUGUCCCUGUUACAGAGCAGGAGAUGCAGCAGCCCCAGGCGGAGACGGCCACGCCUGCUGCUGCGGCUCCUCCUCCCUCUCAGGCAAAGCCUAAAGAAGGCAAAACUAACCCCAAGCUGUCCUCUUCUCCUCACACCACCGCUCCUAAGCCAAUUCCUGCUGAACGCAGGAAACGCUCCUCUCUGUCUGCCUCCUCAAGCUCCCCAACCUCUCCCAAAUCUGCCUCUGGCCCUCGUGCUAGCCCCCCAUGCUCCCCUUUGGCCUCUCCUCCAGCUGUCUCUUCUGUAGCUGGGAAAGCUGAGCAGACUGCUCCCAAGGUGAUAAAGGCUGGCAAACAAGGGAAGCAACAGAAAGCAAAGAAUUUUAAACCUGCUGAACCUGAGCAAGCACCUCCCUCUGCCUCUAAGCCUGCUCAGGAGCCUGCACCAGUUGCAGCUCUGCCGUCUCUUGCUUUACCAUUACAAGAGGAAGCUAAACCAGCAGGAGAUGGAAAUGCUUCCCCCGUCUCUCCCAAAGUUGCUGUGGCUCCUGUUGCCUUUAAAGUAACUUCUAAAUCUGCUGCCCCAGCACCAAAGUCAUUUACAGAAGCUGUGGCCACCAGUCCGCCCAAAGUGGCUGAAGCCCCCAAGGUAGCCUCUGAAGCUCCAAAAGUAGCAACCCAUGUUGUUUCAGAAGUCAAGACUCUUUCGCCUUCAAAAGCAGCUGCCAAGCCUGGCUCUGCCCAAGUGCCAAAUGUGAACUCAGCCACUGCUGCUCCCCCAAAAUCUGCUCCUGCAGCGUUUGAGGAUGAUGAUCUCCCACCUCUCUUACCACCUGAGAAUCCUUUUACAAUGCCUACUUUCCCCCCCAUGCCACCUAGUGCAAUGCCUGUAGUUACCCCAACAGCUCCCAAAGCAGAAGCUGGCUCUACCAGUAAAGUUGAAUCUGGCCCUGCCCCUAAAGCUAAGGCUGCUCCUAAAACUAAGCCAGCUCCUAAGGUUGAACAGAAAGCAGCACCUGCCCCAAAAAUUGGGGAAAAAACUGCAUCUAAAGUUGACCCUAUUCUCACCCCUAAAGAUGAGCCUAAUCCUACCCUUAAAGUUGCAGUUGCUUCUGCCCCUAAGACUGAGGCUGUUCCUAAACCUAAAGCUCAGGCUGCCCCUAUUGUUGAGGAUGCUCCUAAAGCUGAGUCUGUUCCUGCCCCUAAAGUUGAGGCUGCUCCUGCCGCUAUAGUUAAGCCUGCUGCUGCUCCUAAAGCUGAGGCUUCCCCUAAGGUAGAGGCUACUCCUGCACCUAAAGAUAAGUCUUCCCCUAGCCCUAAAGCUGAGCCUGUUUCUGCCCCUAUGGUUGAGGCUGCCCCUAAAGCGGAGUCUGUUCCUGCCCCUAAAGUUGAGGCUGCUCCUGCCACUAUAGUUAAGCCUGCUGCUGCUCCUAAAGCUGAGGCUUCCCCUAAGGUAGAGGCUACUCCUGCACCUAAAGUUAAGUCUGCCCCCAGCCCUAAAGCCGAGCCUGUUCCUGUCACUAAGGUUGAGGCUGCCCCUAAAGCUGACUCUGUCCCUACCUCUAAGGUUGUGGCUGCUCCUGCCAUUAAAGUUAAGCCUGUUGCUGCUCCUAAAGCUGAGGCUGCCCCUGCCGCUAAAGUUAAGCCUGUUGCUGCUCCUAAAGCUGAGGUGGUGGUGGCUGCUAAAGUUGAGGCUGCUCCUGCCCCUAAAGUCGAGCCUGAGCCUGCCCCUAAAUUUAACCCUGCUCCUGCUCCUAAAGCUGAGUUUGCCGCUGCUCCUAAAGUUAAGCCUACCACUGCUCCCAAAGUUGAGGCUGCGGCUCCUAAAGUUAAGUCGGCUCCUGCCCCUAAAGUUAAGCCUACCCCUGCUCCCAAAGUUGAGGCUGCUGCCCCUAAAGUCGAGGCCGCCCCUAAAGCUGAACCUGUCCUUGUCCCUAAAGUCCCUGUUCCCAAGCCAGUUAAAGCCCCAUCAAUACUGGAACCAGUCAUCAAGAACAACAAGGGGUCUGGCACUGAAUCUGACAGUGACGAAUCGGUUCCUGAACUGGAGGAGCAGGACUCUGCACAGACACAAACACAGCAGGCACAGCUUGCAGCUGCAGCUGAAAUCGAUGAGGAACCUGUCAGCAAAGCAAAACAAAGCAGGAGUGAGAAGAAAGCCAGGAAGGCCAUGUCCAAAUUGGGGUUGAGACAAGUUGCUGGUGUUACUAGAGUAACCAUUCGCAAGUCUAAGAACAUUCUCUUUGUCAUUACCAAACCAGAUGUCUACAAAAGUCCAGCUUCAGAUACUUACAUUGUCUUCGGUGAGGCCAAGAUUGAAGAUCUGUCCCAGCAAGCCCAGUUAGCAGCUGCAGAGAAGUUCAAGGUUCAAGGAGAAGCCGUUUCAAACAUCCAGGAAAACACACAGACGCCCACAGUACAGGAGGAGAGCGAAGAGGAAGAGGUUGAUGAGACUGGAGUGGAGGUCAAGGACAUCGAGCUGGUCAUGUCACAGGCCAAUGUAUCCAGGGCAAAGGCUGUGCGCGCACUGAAGAAUAACAAUAACGACAUUGUCAAUGCUAUUAUGGAAUUGACGAUGUAGAUGGAAAUCAGGGACUGGGUCACAUUAAGAUGUUGCUAAUUUGAUCUACACUAUUGUUUGUACAAUUUAUACCCAAGAGAAAUAAAAGCGUGGCUUGAUGAAAUGAUA